UUCGGGAAAGCUGGCGGAAGGCAGAAAUCGGAAUAUUGCCGUUUCCAGAAGUACAUUUAGAACAAAACCACUAUUCGACAUGUCGUCCUUCGUGUAUUGCAUAAUCUUCGGCCUGAUUGCCUACGCUGCUGGCAGCGGUCUUCAACGUGUCUGCGAUGACUCGAAUUGCCCUUACGGAGAGAGAUGUAUUUUAGAGACUGUAUACUGUAUACGAGCCCCAUGUCCCCCUCUACAGAGAUGUGUCCCAGCUGAGAAGCCUGGCACGUGCCCCCAACAAACGGACAUCGGUACUUCCGAUGUGAGGUGUUUCGACGAUAACUCCUGUCCAGGUACACAGAAGUGUUGCGGCAACCGCCUUAAAGUCUGUGUCGAGCCAAUACCGGAGGUUCAGCAAACCAGCCGGUGUCCACCCAGGCCCCUAGGCUUAUUCGGCAGCUGGUGUCGAAUCAUUAGGUCGGACUGUGAGUCGCACGAGGACUGUGACCAAGGAUAUCUCUGCUGCGAUAGUGGCUGUGGACACCGCUGUACAAGUCCGCUUGUGGAAAUCGAACAGGGGCCCAACUAGCUAACCCGUUGUCAGAACUCUCUUGAUCAGCGUCACAUCUUCAUGUUUAUUCCCACAUCAGCAUUUCUGAUAUCGUCAUCCAAAACGUCAUCUGUAUAGGCUUAUAUGCCUUUUUACACACUGAUAUUACACUUCGCCAGAAUGCUAUCAUAAUUGUUUGCGAGUUCGUCAAUCUUACGAGAAAGCAGUCAUCACUGUAGGUGUGUUUCGUGGACAUACAGUAUUUGUAAUUAAGCCACUCUCCUAUCUCCUUCCCACGUACUUGUCAGUUUCAAGUAUAUUAUUCAUUAUUCCUCACGGAUACUCAGUUAUAUACCUAAUACGUAUUCUUGUAUAAGCUGUCAGUACAUAAAAAAAAAUUUAUAUACGCUGCACAUACCUGCAUAAAUAAGUUAAUUCGAUGUUAAUUUAAAUUGGAACGGUGAAUAACUGCCACCUGUGAUAUCAAAUAAACAUAUUGUUGUUUCAUAA